GGGGAGGGGUGUCCCGUCGGCAGGCACACAGACAGCAGGCAGCAGCUGCAGCGGAAGGACCCGGUAUCGCGACUCUGCAUUAAAACAUUCAUAUAACGACUUUUAGCUCCCCGAACACACAGGACAGCAACACACACACACACGACAUCGAAAAUGGUAGACCGCGAGCAACUGGUGCAGAAAGCCAGGCUGGCCGAGCAGGCAGAGAGGUAUGAUGAUAUGGCAGCUGCCAUGAAAUCGGUCACAGAGCUGAAUGAAGCACUAUCCAAUGAGGAGAGGAACCUGCUCUCUGUGGCCUAUAAGAAUGUGGUUGGUGCAAGGCGUUCAUCCUGGCGUGUCAUCUCCAGCAUCGAGCAGAAGACGUCGGCCGAUGGCAAUGAGAAGAAGAUCGAGAUGGUGCGGGCCUACCGGGAAAAGAUUGAGAAGGAGCUGGAGGCCGUCUGCCAGGAUGUGCUCAACCUCCUCGACAACUUCUUGAUCAAGAAUUGCAACGAAACGCAGCACGAAAGCAAGGUGUUCUACCUUAAGAUGAAGGGCGACUACUACCGCUACCUGGCCGAGGUGGCCACGGGGGAGAAGAGAGCCUCGGUGGUGGAGUCCUCCGAGAAGUCCUACAGUGAGGCCCACGAGAUCAGCAAGGAGCACAUGCAGCCCACCCAUCCCAUCCGCCUGGGCCUGGCUCUCAACUACUCCGUCUUCUACUAUGAGAUCCAGAACGCCCCAGAGCAGGCGUGCCACCUGGCCAAGACCGCCUUCGAUGAUGCCAUCGCCGAGCUGGACACCCUCAACGAGGACUCCUACAAAGACUCCACUCUCAUCAUGCAGCUGCUACGAGACAACUUGACGCUGUGGACGAGCGACCAGCAGGACGACGAGGGAGGAGAGGGCAACAAUUAAAGAGUCCAAAACCUCAUUCUGCCAAAACAACACAACACGCGCGCUCACAAAUGAUGACAAAAUAAUAAUAAUAGUUAAAAAGUUCUUAGAAAUUAAA